AUGUUCCGUUUCAUUGUCGCCUUCUUCGCCCUGAUCGCCAUGGCUGUCGCUGCUCCUGGAUACGUUCAGGAUCAUCAUCAUUAUGCUCCUGUUGUAGCUGUCAAGCAUGUUCCUGUGGCUGUGGCUCCAGUUUACCCUGUGGUAAAGGCUGUUGUUCCUGUUGCUCCCGUGGUUAAGACUGUGGUUCCUGUUGCUCCUGUUUACCAUCAGUCCUAUGUUCCCGUUGUUAAAUCUUAUGGAUCAUAUGCUUCUCCCUACGCUCAUUAUUACCAUGGUUAAA